AUGUCAGCCACCCCUACAAUCACCGCGCGCCAACUAUGGGGCCAAGGUAACACCAGGACUACCAGUGCGGGCACCCGAGAAUGGUGCACUCCCGUCAUUCUCCCCACAGGUGGUAUCCUCGUUGUAGGCGAAAACAGUACCACGACGCUGACUGCCCGAGCCACCUACCUACUUCCAUGCGACAGCGACGAGUCCGUGCUGAGCCCGGACACCACCGGCAACUCCACUGUCAUUGGCUUUUACGAACCAUUUUACGCCUCCAUAUCGCCUCAGAUCUUUGCUCUAGCCACCGCAACCGUGAUCAGUUAUAUCCUUGUUAUACUCAUAUUCAUUACGCCACGAACAUUCUACGUGGGAGGUCCUGGCGGAGGAGGUGGCUUUCUGUCGCGUCAUGGCUUGUCCAGCUCUAAAUCGAUCGUGGGAGUAGGGAGGCGGCCACUUCUACAGAAGAUAGCCACCAUCACAGUGGCUAUAUCGCUGACCAUCGCUGCCGCCGACACGUUUUCUGUCGCCGAAGACCAGUAUUCUGAGGGCUAUCUCGACUCGAGUGCGCUGGUCGAUGAUGUGGUCAAUACCGUUCUCAUCAAGGUUGUGCGCAUCAUUUCCGACUCGUUCCUCUGGCUCGCUCAAGUUCAGACACUUAUACGACUCUUUCCCCGACACAAGGAGAAGGUGACGAUCAAAUGGCUGGGGUUCGCCCUUGUCUCCGCCGAUAUCAUCUUCUCCAUCCUCGAUUCCUUCAUUAGCGACAACCCUGGCACCCGACCCAGAAGCUUCCAGGAUGCAAUACCGGCGCUCAACUAUCUGUUCGAGCUUGCUAUCUCCUUGAUCUACGCGUCGUGCGUCGUCUACUACUCGCUUUCGAAAAGGCGAUUUGCAUUUUGGCACCCAAAGAUGCGAAAUGUCUGUUUGGUAGCCCUGAUCUCCCUGAUCUCAGUGCUGAUUCCAGUCGUGUUCUUCGUCCUGGACAUUUCUCUCCCAAGACUCGCCGGCUGGGGCGAGUACAUUCGUUGGGUCGGCGCCGCGGCGGCCAGUGUUGUUGUCUGGGAGUGGGUCGAGAGGAUCGAGGCCUUGGAACGUGAUGAACGCAAAGACGGAAUACUGGGUCGUGAGAUGUUUGAUGGAGAUGAGAUGCUUGACCGACCCUCGUCGGAUGACAGUGAUUGGCAUGGACGAGGCAACAACAAGGACGGUCGAGAUGUCGAAAAAUCUGCUGGUCUCGUCCAGCGAGUUAACCAGAUGCGUUCCAAGCUGCCUUUGCGACGACGACGGAAGAGGCCGGCGGGCCACAAUGGCGAUGCGGAUGACCCUCCACCAAGUGGGGGAACAGGAACCAAUGUUACUACUAAUCCGCUGGUCCCGCCCCAGCCCGCGGUGUCACCGCCUAGUCGCAGCGACACUGCCAGUGCAGCCAGCACUGUUUAUGCUGUGCGUUACCAUAAUCUCACGAGUCCAUCGCCCGGUGCACCCGAGCCGGUACCCGAGAACACAGCUCAGGAAGACCAAACUGCACCCAAGGAAAUCUCAGACUCUUCGACGGAGGACCCGCCUGUGGUGAAGAACGAAAAUGACGACCAGAUCCAGCCGGAUGCCAGCCGAGGCCAGCAAUUUUGGUCCACGGUUCCUAAUCCUUUCAAGCGACGAAAGGCGGAACCUCCAGCGGAGGUUGCUGGUGCACAGGCUGCGAGCGGAUUGCGAAGAUCGCCAAUUGACCGGACCAUCAACCUCCGAGAUCGACUCGGGGCUUUUGCGGCAGCUCAAAGGGACCGUUUUGGCCGGAACGGCAGUGGACCAAUACCUCCGUUGCCUGUCAUGGUGAUCCCUGCACCCAAACAGAAUGAUCGCACAUGGUCGCCAGACGAAGUGCGUAAUUCGUCGUCGACCAGCUCGGCUGGCCAGCCUCGAGGUGAGGAAGCUGGGUCGAGCGGCCAUUUGCAACAAACGUUUGCGGGCAACCAGAACGAUGAUAAUGUCGUGGUCAUCCCUGCCCCAGCGCGCGGACAGACAUGGUCUCCACCAGAGCAGGCGGAAUCCAGCGGGCAGACCCAUGGCUCGCCUUCAGCACAACAACGGGGACAUGGUCUACCCUCAGGGCGCAGUGAUACCUCGAACACGCCGACGCCAACGCCAACGCCAACGCCCAAUGUCAUCUCCACACCAAGAGGGGCACUGACGAUAGAAGAAGAUUCGGGGCGAACCCAACAGUCAGUAACACCGAGGCGUAAUACCUAUACAAGACGGAGUGCCCCACGAGCUGAGGCUACCGUACCGACAUCGCAGUCAAACAAUGAGUCAGAUGCAGCUGAUACUGCGGGACCGGCCAAACCUUCGACAGUCCGAGGCAGCGGUACACAGGGUCAUGGUCCUGCUGGAGACGGGCAAAAAGGCACACAGAACAAGCAGGCUGCAGGAGCCGAGUUGGAGCAGCAGCCGUCUGCAUCUGCAGGUUCGGGGCGAGCAUCGCCGUCCGCUCACCCUGCGCAGCAAAAGGCCACCGAAGAGGCGGCUCAAAGCACAAGUCCGCAGCAAAGUCCUGAGGACGGGCGUGACACAGGAGGAACUAGUCCUGGAACAUCCACUUGA